ACAACUUAUGAUGAAUAAAAAAAAUCCUUAUUUGAGUGUUCAUUCUUGAAACUAUCUUACUCGUCUUCUUUCAUGAUCAUGGAAUCGAUUCAGCAAGAAGAACCUAUCAACCAGAAUGCAAGAAGAAGAAACAACACGCGAUUUACGUGGUAUCCUCGAGAAAAAAAGUCGAGACUAAUCCACGGAGAGGAGCAACCUCUCAGAGUCGAUCGUAUAAUCAGUCAAUAGAAUUCUUAGGUUACAAGAGAAGCGGCCUUCAGCUUAUGUGCACAGCCGCCGAACCCGAACUAUGGCUUAAACGUAAUUAAACUAAAUACAGGUUAAUUACAUUUUUCUACGUAUACUUCUAACACCCUCCCUCAAAUUGAUGGUACUUGCGUAACAUCAAUUUGUGUGCAAGAAACAAGUGACGGGAAUUAGCCACCGCCUUAGUAAGCAAGUUUGUCGUAUGAUCUUCAGAUGUGAUGUAGGAUAAUAAAAUCUGACCUUCAGCGACCAACUGGCGGAUAUAGUGAACAUGGACCUCAAUGUGCUUCGUACAAUCAUGUACCAGAGGAUUAGUAGCAAUCUUAAUCGCACUGGUAUUAUCUGCAUAGAGACGCUUAGGAGAGAGACUGACCACACCAAAGUCAGCUAGUAGCCGACUCAACCAGACCAACUCGGAAAUAACCUCGAACAUUGAACAAUAUUCGGCCUCGGUGGAAGAUUUAGACACCCGAUCCUGCUUCUUACACCGCCAAGAGAUGAAAGAGGAACCCACCUUCACGCACCAGCCAGACGUGGAGCGUCUAGUAUCCAGGCAACCAUCGUAGUAUUCAUCGGUAAAAGCCUCUAUAUCAGGAGUACCUGUAGCAGGAAAGAAAAGACCAACAUACUGGGUACCACGAAGAUAGCGCAAAAUGUGCAUGACUGCAAGGAGGUGAGUCGACCGAGGAGCUGACAUGAACUGACUGACCACCUAAACUGCAUAGGAUAUAUCUGGACGAGUAUGAGUCAAAUAAAUAAGGCUGCCUACCAUACUACGAUGCGAAAGGUCCCAGACGACUUGAGCUUCCUUGUUCCCAUGCAGACCUUCCCUGACUCUCUGGGUAAUGAGGAUGGUCCUCAUUAUGAUGAUGAUCCCCGUACUCCUUCUACUGUCGGACUGUCUUCUCCAGGAAGCACCUCGGCUUCUUCUUCGAGCUCAUCCGAAAGCUCCUCUGCUUUUCACUCCUCCGCUACGGCUUCUUCUUCGUCAUCUUCCAGUUCGGAUACCACUCAUCAUGAUUGCUCGCCUCUCAGCCCACCUCCAGAUCCUCCUCUUCGUUGGUCCACGAGAGCCACUCGUGGGCAGCCUCCUCUCCGUCUAGGUGGCUUUCUUGCUUUUUCAACCGCUCCCAUCAUUAUUCCAGCAACUUAUAAAUAGGCAUGUGGAAAUGCGGAUUGGGAUGAGGCCAUGGCAGUGGAGACCAGAGCCUUGGAAGCUCAACACAGGUGGGAUAUUGUUCCCCGUUCGGUCGAUCAUCCGGUUAUUGGCUCAAGGUGGGUGUACAACGUGAAACUACAUCCGGAUGGAUCCCUUGAACGGUUCAACGCCGGGGUUGUUGCUCAGGGUUUUUGUCAGAAAUUCGGCAUUGAUUAUUAGGAGACUUUUGCUCCGGUGGCAAAGAUGCAGACUGUUCGCACACUGCUUGAUGUUGCUGUAAUGAAGGUUGGAGUUUGACGACGCCAAGAAGAGCAACAAAAGCGAUUUACGUGGUAUACUCGACGAUGAUGUCGAGAAUAAUCCAUGGAGAGGAGCAACCUCUCAGAGUCGAUCGUAUAAUCAGCCAAUACAAUUCUUAGGUUACAAGAGGGGCGACCUUCAGCUUAUGUACACAACUGCCGAACCCUAACUAUGGCUUAAACGUAAUUAAACUAAAUACAGGUUCAUUACAUUUUGCUACCUAUACUUCUAACAGAAACCCGAUGUUUUCUGCUAGCAAGUCAUUCGUAUACCUGGCCCUCUUCCCGACGUGUUGAUUUGGUUUGGGUUGUUCUCCGUUUGUGUUCGUUGUGUUUCUUAUCGAUCUUUGCUGCGUUUCUGAUUGUUAAGCCUAGGAGUUGGAGACUCGGCUUAUAUCAAAAAGAACAUACAAAAAUUAUGGAUACGUAAAAUUUUAAAAUGUACAUAUUGACUUAAUGGCUUAUAAAUGUUGGUGAAUAAAAUUAAGGAAUUAUUAUUAGAUUCACAAUCUAGAAACAAUUUAAAUUCUAUAAAAAAUGCAUAGAUAAAAAACAAAUACAAAAAUAUGAACACAUAAUAUAUCAAAAAUAGUUUUCCAAGCAUACAUACAAAAAUAGUUCACCUAUAACAAUAAAUUAAUCAUUAUAAAUGUCAUGUAUUUGUUUUGACUUGAGGGAGAGAUUUUCAGUAGUAUCAAGAAAGCUUUCAUUUUAAAAAUUAAAUUUAGGCGUAGUUUGGAUGAGGAAUUGUGACGGAUCAAUUUGACACAAUUGUCUCGUUUUGAGAUAAUUGUAUCAAAUUGCCUCGUUUGCCAGCAAAAAAAAUUUGGAUGGAUCAAUCUGCCUGAGGUAUUUUGAAUUGAUCCGUUUUGAGUCAAUUUCAAUUACCUGGGGCGGGUGCAGGUAAUUCGAAUUGACUCGUUUUAUAGAGUUGUCAAUUGGGUGGGUUAGGUCAGGUUCGGAUUGGGUCUAACUGGGUUGGGUUCAAUCGGGUUGCGAGUUCAAUCGGGUCGGUUUCAAUUUGGAUCGGGUUUAAUUGGGUUGCUGGUCAAUUGGGUUACGAGUAAAUCAGGUCACUGGUCAAUUGGGUUACGGAUAGGGUUACAGGUGCAUCAAAUUACGGGUUUAUUGGAUUGCGGGUUAAUUCGAGUUCAGUUAGGUCGGAUUAUGGGUUAUUUGGGUCAACCCAUUGGACCAUUUACUUCUUGACAGAAAAUAGUGUUAUACAAACUAUCAAUAUAAGAAUAUAAAUUGUAGGUAAUGAUACAAAAUUUAAGAAAAUGAUAAUAUGAUAAUAUUUAACAUAUACAAAUUAAAUAUCCAUUAUGUUAGUAUAAAAAAUAAAUAUAAAUAAAAUAGUGUAUAUAAAAGCUUUGUUGUUGGUUAUAAUUGUUUUGUUUAUGGUGAGAGAUUGUAACUUCACUUAUUUUAUUAAUUUAUAAAAAAAAUUGAAUCAGUAAAAACUAGAUGCAUGUCUCUUCAUUGUCACGAAGACUUAUGAACAUCAUUCUGAAUCACCCACUUAUAUAUAUUCACAAUUUUUUAUAUAUUCACGGUAACAUCUCAUCCUAAAACUCAUGGGUCGAACAACGGUUCUCUCAAAUAUGAUAUUAUCAUCUAGUUCGAAUCGUUGAUUUAUUAAUUUAUAAAAAAUAAAUAAAAUCAGUAAAAAGUUGAGAAUGAAGUAAAAAAGUUCAACUAUCCUCUUAUAUAUCUUGAUAGGGAUCAUUGAUUUUGGGGAUCUCAUUGAUUUUCAAGGAUUGAUUUUUUUUAAUAUAGUUAUGGGUGGUGGAGAUAAGAAUUUGUGUCUAACUUUUCCUAUUAUCUUCAAAAAUUUAUCCUUUGAAUUUCAUAAAAUUUCAUAAAAUAAAAAAUGAAUGAAAAGCUAUUUCACAUAUUAUUAUUUUAAAAAUUAAAUAUGUAUGAAAAAAUCUCAAUUUAUACCAUCAAUUCUACAAAUAAUUUUCAAUUAUUAUGAGAACAACAGUUCUUUCUUGAUAAAUUUAAAAAUAUAAUAAUGUAUACAUUGAAUUUUUGUACAAGCAUUCGGGUCAAAUGGGUUAUUCGGGUUAUUCGAGUUGGGUUCGGUUCGGUUAUGGGUCAUUUGGGUUAUGAAUCAUUCGGGUUAUAGAUGGGUCGGGAUAGGGGUUAUCGGAUAACGAGUUCAUCGAGUUAUGGGUUGAUCAGAUUACGGAUCAAUUGGUUUCGGGUUACGGGCGGGUUUCGGCAGGUUGACUUUUUUUCAAAUUGGGUUACGGACGGGUUGUGGGUUGAGCGAGUUAGUCGGGUCGGGUUCAAUUUUGACAGCUCUAUCGUUUUAAUUAUAGGUGUCAAAACAUAGCCCGACCCGAUUAACCCGCCCGAUCAACCCGACCCGCAACCCGACCGCAACCCGAAUUGACUAAAAGUCAACAACCCGCAACCCGCCCGACCCGCAACCCGAUUGACCCGCAACCUGACUAACCCGCAACCCGACUGACCUGCAACCCGAUUAACCCGAACCCGAUUGACCCGCAACCCGACUGACCCGCAACCCGAUUAACCGAACCCAAUUGAACCGAACCUGACUAACCCGCGAACCGACCGACUCAACCCGAACCUCACUUAGUCCACUUAAAUAAUUAUUAUAAUAUACAAUACACAGUUUUUCAAAAUAAAAAUAUGAAACAUGAAGGUCACUUGAACACUAAGUUCUUUAACAAAAUUUAAAAAGUUAAUAUAAAAUCUACAUAAUGUCAAUAUUAAUAAUGAAGAAUUAAUAAUUGAGAUCAUGGACAAUAUUAAUAUAAUAUAUAAAUUAAAAUUUUGGUUAAUUCAAAUAUUCAAUAAAAUUAUCAAUUAAAUAUAAAUAAAAUAAAGUAAUGUAUUUGGUAAUUUGAUGUUUUUAAAAGAAGAGGAAAAUUUUGGUGUAUUCAACUUUUUGGGAAGAGAAAGAAGAGGGAAAUUUGGUUUUUUGAAUUUUUUAGAAAAGAAACAAGUGGAAAUUUUGGUGGUUUUGAUUUGUGGGAAUAGAAAGAAGUGGGAAAGUUUGGUUCUUUUGAUUAUGAAAGAGAAAUAAGGAUGGAAAUUUUGAGUUUUCAACUUUUUGUGGAAGGAAGGAAGAGGGAAAUUUGGUUCUUUCAAUUUUAUAGAAGAGAAAGAGGAGGGAAAUUGAGUGUUUCUAAUUUAUGGAAGGAGAAAGAAGGAGGGUAAUUUUAGUAUUUUUUUGUGAAAAGAAAGAAUGAAAAUUUUGGUGUUUUCAACUUUUUGGUUUUUCAAAAUUUUAGCCUUUGAAAUAUGAAUCUUUAAUUUUUAUAUGGAGGGCAUGACUCGUUAAAUUUAUUCUUAUAUGCUUUGAAGGCUAAUAUAUAUGUAUGUAUGUAUGUAUGUAUGUAAUUGUUUAUUGGCUAAUAAAUAAAUUAACCAUUAGUUACAACAAUUAUACUAAACUUGAUAAGUAAUCUUUGACGGUUCGUUGUUUAGGGUAUAAAGUAUAUUGGUUAGGGUAAAUGGUAUAAGGCACAUAUGGUUUAGGGAGUAUGGUUAGGGUAUAAGAUAUUGAUGGCUUUGACGGUUCCAAGUUUUUUAUUAACAUAUGUUCACUUGAAGUCAUUUGAUGUCUUUAACGGCAGGAGAUCCCUUUUUAAUUUAUGUUUGUGGUACGUGGUUAGGGUACAAGGUAUAUGAUGUAGAGUAUAAGAUAUAUGGUUAGGAUAUAGCAAUUAGCAAAUAUCACUUUUUAUCUAUGUUUUGAAAAUCAAAGUAUGAAUUUCAGUUUUAAAUUAACUAUACUAGCAAAAUCACAACUCAUAAGGACAUAUGGUUAGGGUUUAGGGUAUGUGGUUAGUGUAUAAUGUAUUUAUGGUUUAGGGUAUACAAUCAACAACAUAUACUAACUUAAUAUUGUCGAUUGAGGGUAAGGCUAAGUGUAUAGGAUAUAUGUUAUUGAGUAAGUUAUGAUUGAAGUCCCAAUAAUUUUACUAGAUUUGAUAGUUAAUCUUUUAUGGUUCAAUUUUCAGGAUAAUUCGAACAAUUUUACAAAUAACUCGUUUGGCAACAGUUUACUGAAGUUAUUUGGGCAAUGAGUUAUUUCGAAAUAACUCCUUUUAUCACUCUGCUUUUGCCUAAUACCACACACCAAAUACCACAUUUGCAUGGUUAUACUAAAUGAGAUACUUUAGUCCAAUUACACUACUGAAAUAAUACUAAAAUAUCAAAUAAAUAAUUAAUGGUAUCUUUUGGUUGUAAAUAUUGAUAUCACCAUUACUAUUAGCUAGUGUACUGUACCAAUUACGAUUAAUUACAUAACAAGUUUGCAAGUCAUACAAAUUGAUUUAACAUUUUGACUCGUUUUUUUCAAAAAAUUAAGUAUAUAUAUAUACGAGGUAGAAAUAAAUUGUUUAAAAUAAAUAUAUUAUUUUCAAAUAAAGUUUUUCAUUCUCAACCUAAGUAAAAUCAUUCACAUUUACUUAAGAAAGUUCAAAAUCUGAAAUUCACUUAAAAUUAUGGUUUUUAAUUACAAAAAUUAUGCAUGAAUUUCUUUAACCAAAUUACAAAAAAGUAAAUAUAAAAUCAACACAAUGCUAAUAUUUAUAAUAAAUAAUAACUAAGACCUUUUGUCUAUAAUAAUAAAUUUUAUUAUUGGAGAAGAUGAGAGGGUAAGAACUAAGAAGUAAUUUUGGGCGGGUGUGAUGAAAUUUUGGGCGCCCAAUUUUUUGCAACCAGAGGGAAGGAUUUUUUGUUUUUGGUGUAAUUGUAGUGGGCGGGUGAUGUUGAAAUUUUGGGCGGCCAAUUUUAGUUGUGGUGGGAAGGCGAGAUUUCAAAUUUCGAUUGUGGUGAUUUUGACUAGUUUUUCUCAAUUAAGUAUGUAUACAAGGUAGAAAGAAAUUGAUUAAAAAUUGUGAAAGAUAUUUUAAAUUAGUGUAAUAAAAUGUGAAAGUUGGU